UUCUCCAUGCACCUAGUGCUCCUUUCCAUACUCACCUCUCUAAGCCUUACGAGUGAAGCAGCCCAAUACCGCUACCAUUUCUGUUCAAACCAAACCACUUUCUCCCCCAAUAGCACCUACCAGUCUAACCUCAACAACCUCCUCUCUUUCCUUAACGCAAAUUCCGCUCGUGAAACCGAUUUCUACAACACCACCGUGGGUCAAACUCAAACCCCAGAGAAUACAGUUUACGGCCUCUUCCUAUGCCGUGGUGACCUCGCCACCAUUGAGUGCCAAGACUGCGUCUCAACAUCAACCAAAGAGAUUGUUCAGCUGUACUGCCCAGAAGAAAAAGAGGCCGUGAUAUGGUAUGAUGAAUGCAUGUUACGCUACUCAAAUCGAUCGUUCUUCUCCAUCAUGGAAGACGAGCCGAGUAAGAUUCUGUGGAACUUUUUGGAUAUAACAGAGCCAGAUAGCUUGCUUCAGCUAACAUUAGGUGACUUGGUGCCAGUGGCCGCAAAUGCUUCGUCCGGUGCUAAAAAGUUUGCUACCAAGGAAACCAAAUUUAUGGAAUCGGAAACGCUAUACAACCUUGUACAGUGCACCCCUGACCUAUCCAGCUUUGAUUGCAGAAGGUGUCUUUGGGGAGCCAUAACAAACUUGUCCAAUUCUUAUGGUGGAAAGAGAGGGGGAAGAGUUUUGUAUCCUAGUUGUAACAUUAGGUAUGAAGUUUUCUCGUUUUACCAUAUACAAGCUCAAGCUGUUGCCGCACCACCAAAAGGGAAAGGCAAGAUCUCAACCGCAAUAGCUAUCGUUAUUGCUGUUACCAUUGCUGCUGCUGUGGUGCUAGUCAUUCUGCUCUACUGCUUCCGAAGGAGGAAAGCAAGUAAGAAGUCCAAUUCUAUAAACCAAGUGAAUUCUGGGAUAUCUGACGGCGUACUAAAUUAUCAUGCUGCAAGUGAAGUAACAACUCUUGAAUCCUUGCAAUUUGAUUUUGGGACGAUUGAAGCGGCCACAAACAAAUUCUCAGAUGACAACAUGAUUGGUGAAGGUGGAUUUGGUAAAGUUUACAAGGGUGUGCUACAUGAAGGGAAGGAAGUAGCAGUUAAAAGGUUCUCAAUGAAGUCAUCGCAAGGAUUAGAGGAAUUCAAAAAUGAGGUCAUACUUAUUGCAAAACUUCAACACAAAAAUCUUGUGAGGUUAUUGGGAUGUGGCAUAGAAAGAGAGGAAAAGUUGCUUGUAUACGAGUUCAUGCCUAACAAAAGCCUUGAUAUUUUUAUUUUUGAUCCAAGAAGGCGCUCGCAACUUGAUUGGAAGACUUUCUAUAACAUUAUUAGUGGGAUUGCCAGAGGACUACUAUAUCUUCAUGAAGACUCCCGACUUAAAAUCAUUCACAGGGACUUGAAGCCUAGUAAUGUGUUGUUGGACCAUGACAUGGUUGCCAAAAUAUCGGAUUUUGGAAUGGCGAGGAUCUUUUGUGAAAACCAGAAUAUAGCUAAAACCAAAAGAGUUGUAGGAACAUAUGGAUACAUGGCUCCAGAAUAUGCAAUGGCAGGAGUAUUCUCUGUGAAGUCUGAUGUAUUCAGCUUUGGCGUAAUGUUGCUUGAGAUUAUUAGUGGGAAAAGGAAUAGUGGCUUCUACCUUACAGAACAUGCACAGACACUUCUUGCAUAUGCAUGGAGACUAUGGUGUGAAGAUAAAGUGUUAGAGGUCGUGGACAACUUCUUGAUGGAAUCGUGUUGGACAUCAGAAAUUGUAAGGUGCAUACAUAUUGGACUUUUGUGCGUGCAGGAAAAUCCACAAGACAGACCCACCAUGUCAAAUGUCGUAGCUCUGUUGGGAAGUGAAUCAAUAGCCCUUCCUAAACCAAAACACCCUGCAUUCUCUGUGGAUAAAUUCAUUCAGAUUGAUAAAUUCUCUAUAAAUGAGGCUAGCAUUUCUAGCAUGGUACCACGAUGAACACAUACAGUUGUAUAAGAUUGCUAUUGGGUCUUGCAAGAUGGUGAACUUAAUAUUGUAGCCUAAAUUUCUACAAAAUAGGAAUAGGAUACGUAUUGGGAAG